AUGAAGACUGAGUCCUGUUUUACCAGAGGAUCUAAGACUGGAAUAGGAUGGAGAGGAUCUAAGACUGGAAUAGGAAGGAGAGGAUAUAAGACUGGAAUAGGAUGGAGAGGAUUUAAGACGGGAAUAAGAUGGAGAGGAUAUAAGACUGGAAUAGGAUGGAGAGGAUCUAAGACUGGAUUAGGAUGGAGAGGAUCUAACAAUGGAAUAGAAUGGAGAGGAUUUAAGACUGGAAUAGGAUGGAGAGGAUCUAAGACUGGAAAAGGAUGGACAGGAUCUAAGUCUGGAAUAGGAUAUGGAGAAUCUAAGACUGGAAUAGGAUUGAGAGGAUCUAAGACAGCUAAAGGAUGGAGAGGAUCUAAGACCGGAAUAGGAUGGAGAGGAUCUAAGACUGGAAUAGGAUGGAGAGGAUCUAAGACUGGAAUAGGAUGGAUAGGAUCUAAGACUGGAAUAGGAUGGAUAGGAUCUAAUACUGGAAUAGGAUGGAUAGGAUCUAAGACUAGAAUAGGAUGGAGAGAGGAUCUAGGCUAA